UUCAUAAAUAUUUAAUAACAAUAUUAUUAUUAAUAAAUAGUCAUCAUAAUGGACCCGCUAUGUGCUCCCUGGGCAUCCUCACCUGGCAAGGCCAAGGGAGCCGCAGGGCGCCUUGCAACCUCCACUUUCGCCUUGAGGUCCCCUACUCAUUUGUCAUUGGAAGCCCCAAAUCUUCGCAAAACAGCCUCCGCAGCCGGCUGUGGGGGAAAAUAAAACGCGGCUGUAAAGCCUGCCUCGCUAAUGGAAAGAAGCUCUUUGCGGAGAGCUGGGAUCUGCUCUUUCAAAUUCCUUGCUCCCAAAGUAGAAGGCUGAUCCUCAAUUGUUCAUGAACAUAUUUCCCACCUCCCUUUUCUUGGUGAUCCAAGGCAGCCACCGUUGACCAGCAGGGCCUUCUGAGGAAUAAUUCCAUGUAUUUCGUUUUGAUUGACAUCCAGCUUCUCAGGGUGUUAUUUCUGUGAACUGGUAUUUCUUUGCAUAUCUGCUGUAGACCUUCAUUUAUUUGUUCAUCAGGGCAACAAAAAUAUCCACUCUGUGCCAACUCUGAACAAUACAGACAGAAUUUGCCCUGUCUUGGAGUUUUAAUUCCAGUUUGGUGGGUGGGAUGGAGAUGGGGACAGACAGAUCAUAAACAUGAAAAAAACAAGAUAAUAUAAAGUGAUUGUGUGUGUGUGUGUGAGAGAGAGAGAGAAGGAGAUGGGUUAUUCUCUUCUUGGAAGUACUACCUAGCAAUUAAGAGAUGACUCAGAAGAAAUUUGCUUUUCUAAGGAGUCUUGGCAUUAUGAAGGAACAUGGGACAAAAUCAUAUCCCCCCUCCCCAAGAUUUGCUCACUGUAAAGUCAUAGUAGUAAUCUUACAUGUUUUUUAUAACACUUUACAAUUAAGAACAGUGCUUUACUUCAACUUAAAGCAAUUACGUAGUGUUUGCUGUGUGCCAGACCCUGUUCCAAAAGCUUUACAUAAAUCUUAGUGAUUUAACAAUAGCCCAUGAGGUGGGCACUGGAAUUUAGCCCCAUUUCACAGAUAAGGAAACAGGCUGUGAGGUGUUACCUUAAACAGAAGCAAUACUCAAUCUGAGCCUUCUGCCUUUGAACCCCAAGCUCUUUCUGUGUCAAAAUGAGGGUCAGUGAGGCCACAGAGAGAAUGGGACUCGGGAGAAACUGGCCAAAUGAAGUAAGACUUGGGAAUGAGGAGCUGAACUGGCACAUUAGGAGAGGAUGAGUGUGACCGGGUUUCUUAAGAACUUAAUACUACUUCUUUGAAAUCAUUUUUAAGUAUCCCUAGUAUUGAAAAUGAGGGCAUGAAAUUUGAAAUAGGCUGUGUUCUUUGAGGAAAAGAUAGGAAAUAUGAGGAGACUAAAAGAGUAUGAUCUGAUAUCAUAAUUUAUGUUUUCAGCUCGUAUUCAUUAACCUCUGUUGUGUACCAGGAAUUUUAUGAGGCUCUGGGAUAUGAUGGUACAACUGCAUGGACCAUGAUGGAAGUCGUAAGAAGUGGAGGGAUUCUGGGUGCACUGGAAGGGAGAGCCAACAGGAUUUGAAGAAAUCAAUAUAGAUGGAAAUAUAAGAGCAAAGGCAAGGAUGAAAGCAAGGUUUUCAACCUGAGCAUCUAUGGAAGGAUGAAGCUGCCAUUUGCUGAGAUGGGGAAGGCUGCAGGCAGGUGGAGCUGGUUUGGGGUGCAAAUCAGGAGUUUGAUUUUGAAUAUGUUAAGUAUAAGAUCUUGUAAGCAAUCAGUAGGUAGUUGGAUUAUAUGAGUCUGAAGUUCCCAGGUGAGGUCUCAGCUGGCGGCUGUCAGGCUGGGUGAGACCACCUCAGGAAACCAUCCUUGUCUGGAUGAUCCGGCUCAACUCCAACUACCAGUCUGUACUAAUCUCCUGCUUCCUGCUUCCUGGCCUUGUGACCUUUUUAGAUGGCAGCCCUGCAGGAGAAUGUGUAGGUGUGGGCCAGCCCCCACCCCACCCUGAGAAGUGACCAUGGAUCCUGGAGCCGGGCCAGACUCAUCUCUGACUGUCAAUGAGCAGGUCAUCGUGAUGUCAGGCCAUGAGACCAUCCGAGUUCUGGAGGUUGGAGUGGAUGCCCAGAUUCCUGCUGAGGAGGAGGGCAAAGCGCUGGAGGCUGUGGCCGCCGAGGGCUCCCAGAGCGGAGGCCCUGCUGAAGCUGGUGAAGCUGCCGGUGAAGCUGGCCCAGACCACCCAGACUCCUCCGUGGAGGCCACUGUGAAGUCGCUUCCGGGGAUGCCUUUGAGCCCUGCCCCUGCCGUUGCCACCUUCAGCCAAGCUCCAUGCCAGCCUCAGGCAUCACAGACCCUGACGCCACUGGCUGUACAAACUGCCCCCCAGGUCUUGACUCAGGAAAACUUAGCCACAGUUCUGACAGGAGUUAUGGUUCCAGCAGGGGCAGUUACUCAACCUCUUCUUAUCCCCAUCAGUAUUGCAGGUCAAGUGGCUGGUCAACAGGGGCUGGCCGUGUGGACAAUUCCUACCGCAACCGUGGCUGCCCUCCCAGGACUGACCGCUGCUUCUCCCACGGGGGGAAUUUUCAAGCCACCUUUAGCUGGUCUCCAAGCAGCUGCUGUGCUGAACACCGCUCUCCCGGCACCUGUACAAGCCGCCCCACCGGCCCAGGCCUCCUCGCCCGCCCAGCCCCGACCACCGGCCCAGCCCCAGACGCUGUUCCAGCCCCAGCCACUGCUGCAGACCACACCGGCCAUUCUACCACAGCCCACUGCUGCCACCGCCACUGCCCCCACCCCCAAGUCUGUGGACACCCCCACACAGAUCACCGUUCAGCCCGCAGGCUUCGCAUUCAGCCCGGGAAUCAUCAGUGCUGCCUCCCUCGGGGGACAGACCCAGAUCCUGGGCUCCCUCACCACAACUCCGGUCAUUGCCAACGCCAUUCCCAGCAUGCCGGGGAUCAGCAGUCAGAUUCUCACCAACGCUCAGGGUCAGGUUAUUGGAACACUUCCUUGGGUAGUGAACUCGGCUAGCGUGGCGGCCCCAGCACCGGCCCAAAGCCUGCAGGUCCAGGCUGUGACCCCCCAGCUGUUGUUGAACGCCCAGGGCCAGGUGAUCGCGACCCUGGCCAGCAGCCCCCUGCCUCCUCCUGUGGCUGUCCGGAAGCCAAGCACUCCUGAGUCCCCUGCUAAGAGUGAGGUGCAGCCCAUCCAGCCCACACCAGCCAUGCCCCAGCCGGCCGUGGUCAUCGCCAGCCCAGCCCCAGCGGCCAAGCCUGCUGCCUCUGCUCCCAUCCCCAUCACCUGCUCAGAGACCCCGACGGUCAGCCAGCUGGUGUCCAAGCCACAUACCCCGAGUCUGGAUGAGGACGGGAUCAACUUAGAAGAGAUCCGGGAGUUUGCCAAGAACUUUAAGAUCCGGCGGCUAUCCCUGGGCCUCACACAGACCCAGGUGGGUCAGGCUCUGACUGCAACGGAAGGCCCAGCCUACAGCCAGUCAGCCAUCUGCCGGUUUGAGAAGCUGGACAUCACGCCCAAGAGCGCCCAGAAGCUGAAGCCGGUGCUGGAGAAGUGGCUACAUGAAGCUGAACUCCGGAACCAGGAAGGUCAGCAGAACCUGAUGGAGUUUGUGGGAGGCGAGCCCUCCAAGAAACGUAAGCGCCGCACCUCCUUCACCCCCCAGGCCAUAGAGGCUCUCAAUGCCUACUUCGAGAAGAACCCACUGCCCACAGGCCAGGAGAUCACCGAGAUUGCAAAGGAGCUCAACUAUGACCGGGAGGUUGUGCGGGUCUGGUUCUGCAACCGGCGCCAGACACUCAAGAACACCAGCAAGCUGAACGUCUUUCAGAUCCCUUAGGGCUCAGCCCCAGCCCUGCGUCCCAGCACUUUGUACCUCCCUUGGGCAUCCGGCUCCGGCUGCCACCCUGCGGCAUCUCUCAUUCUGCUGCCCGUGGCUGUGUUUGUCCUGGGUUGUGAGACUCCAUCGUGCACCUAUGUGUCAGCUGCCUCCCUCCUCUUCCCCGUGUCAUCUGCAUCCCAGGGAGGGCAGUGGGCCCCACCUGAGACCUCCAGGUUUGGGGCUGGUCAUGCCGAAGGAGGGGAUUUGUCGUGUCACUUAAAGAAGCACUUUGCUGAUGUGGGUUUUUGAAGGGUGAAUUCUGGCUGGGAACCAGAGGCUCCCCAUCUUUGGGACGGGGCUGUAGUAGCCUCUAGGACCACUGGCCAUUAGCUCUUGUGUUUGAUGGCACUCUCUCCAUUGUCUCUUCUCUGUUCCUCUGUGUGAGCGUGGCAGGUACAGCGGCUCAUCCAGUGGAACCACAGCCUCACCUACCUGCCCUCUGCCUGCAGUCACACGGUCCCCCAACAAAAUCCAAGAGAUCUUGUUCUGAAAAGUGUGAUGUGAUGUGCAGCUCAGAAAGUCAGAUUCCAUGUAUGCCUCGACCUCAAGGUCAGAAGGUUUCCACAGACCUGGGGCCAGAACACAUGAUCACUCCCAUCUCUCCUUGGCUCCUAUGUAGGGAAAAUUGCACUAAAGCAGAAUUCUUUCUUUUAUACAUCAUGUCGGAAGAAAUCAGCAGUGAACUCUAGCUGUCCUGGAAUUGACCUGGGUCUAUAGCAGGUUGUGAAGUGAAAGUCACUCAUUUGUAUCCAACUCUUUGCGACCCAUGGACUGUAUAGUCUGUGGGAUUCUCCA